AUGCUCGGGGGUCUUCUCUUCUGCCUGUGGCGAAUCGCCGAAAUCGUCACCUUGAUCCCCAUCAUUGGCAUGCUGGCGUGGUUCGUCGAUGGUUUUGAUGACAACAACCAACUCACCCCCGACUUCAUCCUGGUGCUCUUUAUUGUCUCCACCCUAGCCUGCGCCUGGGCCAUCGCGACCCUCUUUCGACUCGGGUCGACCCGGCGUUCCGCAUUCUUCGUUGCUCUUGUCGAUCUCUGCUUUGUCGGCGCCUUUAUCGCUGCGGACUACUACCUCCGUGGCAUUGGUGACCAAGACUGCUCCAAUUUCUCCAGCGGUUCCAUCUACAUCGACCUCGGCCCUUUUGGAUACUACGGGCGGAAUAGUGGUUCGUCAUGGGCCAGCGACCUCGACAAGAACUGCUCCAUGUUGAAAGCCUCCUGGGCUUUGGGCAUCAUGAACACAAUAAUGUUCUUCUUCACCUUCGUCCUCGCCCUCUUCCUUCACCGCCACGAAAAGACUGUAGUGGUCAAAGAAGUCAGAAGGUCAAGACACAGCAGCCGGAGAGGUCAUUCUCGGUCAGGAUCAAGAAGGAGCAGCAGCCGUCGACGCUAUUAUGUCUGA